AUGACGUCCACUGGAAUGAACAUGAUGAGCAGAAUCGUCUUCUACGAGGACAGGAACUUCCAAGGUCGUUCCUAUGAGUGCAUGAGCGACUGCCCAGACAUGUCCUCCUACCUGAGCAGGUGCCACUCCUGCAGGGUGGAGAGAGGUUGCUUCAUGGUGUAUGACCGCACCAACUACAUGGGCAACCAGUAUUUCAUGAGGAGGGGCGAGUACUCUGACUACAUGAGCAUGAUGGGAAUGAGCAACUUCAUCAGGUCCUGUCGUAUGAUCCCCAUGUACAGGGGAUCCUACAGAAUGAGGAUCUACGAGAGGGAGAACUUUGGAGGUCAGAUGUACGAGCUGAUGGAUGACUGCGACAGCAUCAUGGACCGUUACCGCAUGUCUAACUGCAUGUCCUGUAACGUGAUGGACGGCCACUGGCUGAUGUAUGAGCAGCCCCACUUCAGAGGCAGAAUGAUGUACAUGAGGCCCGGAGAGUACAGGAACUUCAUGAACAUGGGCAUGAGUGGCAUGAACUUCAUGAGCAUGAGACGCAUCACCGACUCCUUCUAUUAG